AUGAACUCCAAGCUUUCCUUGGCCAUUAGGUCAGGAAAGUAUACCUUGGGUUACAAAUCGACCGUUAAGUCCUUGAGAAGAGGUAAGGCUAAGUUGAUUAUCAUUGCUGGUAACACACCAGUUUUGAGAAAGUCAGAGUUGGAGUAUUACGCUAUGUUGUCUAAGACUCCAAUCUACUACUUCCAAGGUGGUAACAAUGAGUUGGGUACUGCUUGUGGUAAAUUGUUUAGAGUCAGUACUUUAGCUGUCUUGGAUGCUGGUGACUCUGACAUUUUGUCUGCUGUCGAGAACUAA